AUGGACCCCAACAUCCAGAAGGCCCUCAACGACAAGCUGUACGAGAAGCGCAAAGCUGGCGCCUUGGAACUCGAAGCCCAGGUCCGCGAAGCCUUAGCCAACAAGGACCACGACAAGAUCCAGCGCAUUGUCUACCAGCUCUGCCACGAAUAUGCCUACGCCGUGCACCAGCCCCACGCCAGGAACGGCGGCCUCAUUGGUCUCGCCGCCGCCUCGAUAGCCUUGGGUAGUGAAGUCGCGAGAUACCUGGAAGAGAUCGUCCCGCCCGUCCUCGCCUGCUUCUCCGACCAAGAUGCCCGCGUCCGAUACUACGCCUGCGAGAGCAUGUACAACAUCGCCAAGGUCGCCAAGGGAGAGAUUCUGCUGUACUUCAACGAAGUCUUCGACGCGCUGUGCAAACUCGCUGCCGACUCGGAGGCGUCUGUCAAGAACGGCGCCGAACUGCUCGACCGCCUGGUCAAAGACAUCGUGUCCGAAUCCGCCGCCUCCUACGUAUCCAUCCUACACCAUCCCGAAGAUGCCGUGGACGACGACUCCGCAUUGGGCGGCUCUGCCACCGCGUCCGUCGACAUGCAACCCGCCUUUUCCCUCCCCAAAUUUAUACCCCUCCUUCAGGAAAGGAUCAACGUCCUGAGCCCCUUCACCCGCACCUUUCUUGUUUCCUGGAUUACUUUGCUUGAUUCCAUACCCGAUCUAGAGCUUGUGUCGUACUUGCCGUCUUUCCUCGGUGGCCUUCUCAGAUUCCUCAGCGACCCGAACCAGGACGUGCAUACGGCAACACAGACUGGGAUGGAGAGAUUUCUUUCCGAAAUCAAGAAGAUUGCCCGCAUCAAGCGUGGUCUUGUUGAGAGCCGCAAGAGCCAGGGCGAAGAGGGGAAGAAGAGCUCCAGGUCCAGCAUGAAGAGCGGAAGGAGCGCCCAGAGCUCUCGCGACCUCGAGGCAGACAGCGAAACCAACGUCGACGACGCUCCAGACUCGAUCAGCGAAGGCACCGAAUCCACCACCAUGAAUGACCGAGCAUCGGGAACCACGGAUGGCGAUUGGAUCCCGGGGCAGGAUGUGCAAAUCGAUUACCCUAAGAUUCUGGAGACGCUCGUCACGUACUUGAGCGAUUCCCCAGAGGAGGAGAUCCAGCUCACUUGUCUACGCUGGAUCGAUAGCUUUUUUGAGAUUUGCCCCGAGGACAUUCUUCUGUUCGUCCCGCGCCUGCUCUCUCAUGUGCUUCCCGCCAUGGCGAAUGACAUCGAGCAGGUUCGCCUAGCUGCGAACAGAGUCAACACCUCGUUGAUGGAGCAUAUUAUGUCUCUGCCUGACGAAAACAAGACUGACAGUGCGAGGGUGACGCAGCUGCAGCUUUCAUCGGGUGCACCCAAGGACGUUACAGAUCGGCGCGAGUCCAACUACUCUCUCAAGGGCGGCAGGUCGUCGAUGCGAGAAUCCACAGUGGAUCUCAAAGCAACUGAGGUAAAGCCGAAGCCUGAAGUGGAGCUACCUGCCCCAACUGAUGGUGACGAUGCUUCGACUUCGGCCCGGCCAGGUGCUGAUCUGGAUUACGAGGCCGCGGUCAAUGCCCUGACCCUCCAAUUCCUUAAUGAGCACGAGGCAACACGUGUAGCCGCUUUGUCUUGGCUCAUAAUGCUUCACCGGAAGGCUCCUCGCAAGAUUCUGGCAAUCAACGAUGCCACUUUCCCAGCCCUCCUCAAAACACUGUCGGACCCAGCCGAAUCAGUUGUAACACGAGACCUUCUCUUGCUUUCGCAGAUCUCCAAGAACAGCGAUGACUCGUACUUCACCUCCUUUAUGGUCAGUCUGCUAAGCUUAUUUGCCACGGACCGGCGCCUCCUUGAGACCCGUGGAAACCUCAUCAUCCGUCAACUCUGCGUGUCUCUCAGCCCUGAGCGGAUAUAUCGAACACUCGCCGACUGUUUGGAACGGGACGAGGACGUCGAGUUUGCCAGCAUAAUGGUGCAAAACCUCAAUAACAACCUCAUCACGGCGCCAGAACUCGCAGACCUUCGCAAGAGGCUGCGAAAUCUCGAGACUCGUGAGGGUCAGGCAUUCUUUGUCACCCUUUUCCGCUCCUGGUGCCACAAUGCCGUAGCUACCUUCUCCCUGUGUCUUCUGGCCCAGGCAUACGAGCAAGCCUACCAUCUUUUGCAGAUUUUCGGCGAGCUUGAGAUGACGGUGAACAUGCUCAUCCAGAUCGAUAAGCUGGUCCAACUGCUCGAGUCACCCGUCUUCACCUACCUCCGCCUUCAACUUUUGGAGCCUGAGAAGUAUCCCCACUUGUACAAGUGCUUGUACGGUCUUCUUAUGCUGCUGCCGCAAUCCUCGGCCUUUGCAGCGCUCAAGAACCGGCUCAACAGCGUCAGCGCGAUUGGUUAUCUACAUAUCGCGCCCCGAACGGCUCCUGCCCAAACAAGUUCAAGCUUCGACCGUCCCAACCGCCUGAAGUCACGCGAGGGAGAGGCCGGUAUCAAGUGGCAGGAACUCCUCGAAAAAUUCAAGCAGGUACAAGAACGUGCCCGCCGGGCUCAACGCAAUGCCAUGCUUGGCAUUGACGGUUCUUCUGACGUUCCAGAUGCCGGCAGCUCCUCGGGUGGGCAGAGCGGUGUCGGUCUGGGUGGAAGCGCCCAGGACACUCUCAAGGGACGCCUGCAUCCCAGGGCCGCUUUGGGUUUGCAGACUGGCAACCUGCCGCAGCGACCUUCCUCUGCACAAAGUAUGACGAGGCCCGGGCUGGGUGCGGAUCAAGGACCCACAAAGCCGCCGGUCCAAGGCCACCAGAAGAGUAAGAGCAGUUUAAGUCAGCUGGGAAGGUUCACGAGAGGUGUUGGACAGGUGUCGAAGGGCAAAAAGUAG